AGAAGAAGAAGAAGAAGAAGAAGAAGAAGAAGAAGAAGAAGAUAAUAUUCAAAACAUAAAAAAAGCUAACAAGAUAUUUUUAUAUUUGGAGUCAACAUGGCGACACGCAGUAUCUUGCCACCACCAACCAGAUUGCUGUUUGUUUUAUUAAAGCAUGCCCCCUUCCAGUCUGGAUGGUGUGCAAUUAACAGCAAGGCUCAGUAUUCCACCGCCCCCAAUCUGAAUGAAAAGACAUUUGACAAGAUUCUAAUAGCAAACAGAGGGGAGAUUGCUUGUAGGGUGAUCAAGACGUGCAAGAAGAUGGGUAUUCGGACCGUUGCUGUCCAUAGUGACGUCGACGCCAAUGCUGUUCAUGUCAAGAUGGCUGAUGAGGCAGUAUGUGUUGGCCCUGCCCCCACUAGUCAGAGCUACCUCAACAUGGAUGCGAUUUUGGAUGCUGUCAGAGAUACUAAAUCCCAAGCUGUUCACCCAGGAUAUGGCUUUCUUUCCGAAAACAAAGAGUUUGCAAAGAGACUAGCAAAAGAGUGUGUGACAUUUAUUGGCCCAGACACUCAUGCAAUCCAAGCCAUGGGGGAUAAAAUUGAGAGCAAACUGAUUGCUAAGGCUGCAAAGGUCAACACUAUCCCAGGAUUUGAUGGGGUGGUCAAGACUCCAGAGGAAGCUGUAAAAAUCGCCCAAGACAUUGGCUACCCAGUAAUGAUAAAAGCAUCUGCAGGAGGAGGAGGGAAAGGAAUGAGAGUUGCAUGGAAUGAUGAGGACACGAGGGAAGGGUUCCGGUUUUCAUCCCAGGAAGCAGCAUCAAGCUUUGGAGAUGAUAGACUUCUUAUUGAGAAAUACAUCGAUAACCCGAGACACAUAGAGAUUCAGGUGCUGGCUGAUAAACACGGUAAUGCUGUUUGGUUGAAUGAAAGAGAGUGUUCUAUCCAGAGGAGGAACCAGAAAGUCGUGGAAGAAGCUCCCAGUACUUUCCUGGACUCUGAGACAAGACGAGCGAUGGGUGAGCAAGCAGUUCAGCUUGCAAAGGCAGUGCAGUACUCUUCUGCUGGUACAGUCGAGUUCCUAGUCGAUUCUUCGAAGAACUUCUACUUCUUGGAGAUGAACACACGGUUGCAGGUUGAACAUCCCAUAACAGAGUGUAUUACCGGUCUUGACCUGGUUGAGCAGAUGAUCCGAGUGGCCAAGGGUUACCAACUGCAGCACAAACAGGAAGAUAUCCCAAUAAAUGGUUGGGCCUUUGAGAGCCGCGUCUAUGCUGAGGACCCUUACAAGUCAUUUGGUCUCCCUUCCAUUGGAAGGUUGUCCCAAUACCAAGAGCCAACUGAUCUCAACAAUGUCCGGGUGGACAGUGGCAUCGAGGAAGGAAGUGACAUCAGCAUCUAUUAUGAUCCUAUGAUUUCUAAGUUGAUAACCUAUGGUGCUACGAGAGCAGAAGCCCUUACCAAGAUGGAAGAUGCUCUGGAUAACUACGUUAUCAGAGGUGUAACCCACAACAUUCCACUCCUGAGAGAAAUAAUCACCCAUCCACGCUUUAUUUCCGGCGACAUUAGCACUAACUUCCUUCCAGAGGUUUACCCUGAUGGCUUUAAAGGUCACCAGCUGCAGGUGGGACAACAGCGAGAACUGGUAGCCUCUGCAGCAGCACUUUACAUCACAGCCCAGCUCACUUUCCAGAAUGUACGAGGUAAUUUAAGGGUACCCUCAAUACCCGUGGAGAGUAGUUGCUGGCGGCUAAGUGCACAGCUGGGAGAGCAAUGGCACGACGUGGAAGUGAAUAAAUCCGGACCCAUUUAUACGGUGCACAUCGACGGAGAACGGGUGGAGGUCCACGGACAGUGGAACUUGGCUUCCCCGCUGCUACCGCUCACUAUCAAUAGUAAGCACAGAAUGUUACAGUGCCUAUCCCGAGAUGCUUCAGGAAACAUAGUUCUACAGUAUCUGGGCACAUCGUUUAAAGUUCGCAUUCUGUCCAAGUUGGCGGCAAAAUUAAACGCUUACAUGCCAGAUAAAGUUCCUGAAGACACCAGCAGCAUCCUGCGGUCACCAAUGCCCGGCACAGUGGUGGCAGUUACUGUGAAGCCCGGUGAUAAGGUUGCAGAAGGCCAGGAGAUUUGUGUCAUAGAAGCCAUGAAAAUGCAGAACAGUAUGACUGCCGUCAAACAAGCAAAGGUCAAGCGUGUCCACUGUAAGCCAGGAGAGACAGUGGGCGAAGGAGAUUUGUUGGUGGAGCUUGAAUAAAUCAAGCCACAGCGUGAUAUUUAUUAUCCCUCUUGAGUCCAUCAUGGAUGAGCAAUAUUGGUGGGAAAAAAAAAACCCACAAAAAGAUUAAAAAAAAAAAAACCUCUCGACUUUUGAUUAACCUCUCCUGUCUUCAUAGAGUACCUACAGAGAUCGGUGACCUCAACAGUGCCUGAGUGUUGAGCUUUAUCAACAAUUCUUAUUCCAGCCAAUCAUCUGUUUGAUGGUUGGUUUCGAAGAGUUUCUGUAACUUUUGUUUUAACAUAAAAAUAAAAUCAUCUCACCAGUUUUCUAAGA